GGGGAGUUACAGUUGCAAUUUUGCAUUGUUUUGUAUUUUUCUUGUCGUUUUAAAUGUUUGACGUGUAUUCAUCAAGUUAGAGUUUAUUUAAUAAACGUAAACAAAAAAACAUUAGAGACAUUCUCAUUAUUUACCAGAUAUGGCUGAGACACAAACUAUAAAUUUUGAUGGAACUGAAGAGAACCACUUCUAUGAAAUUACAUCAGAUGAUGUAGAAAUAAUAAGUAGUUCAGGAAAACAUGAACUUGGCUGUUCUAAAGUUACUUUGAAAAAUACUGUAGACUUUAACUGGGAGCAUAAAUUGUAUUUGGGCCAUGUAGUAGCUGUUCAUAUGCUCGGAAAGCAUAUUGCUUAUGGAAUUAAAGGUUUUGUAAUAAUCACACACAUACUUGAUGCUUUAUGGAAAACUUAUUGUAUCAAUUUCAAUCUUUAUUACUAUACAGCGAAAUCUGGUGGAAUGGUUCGUGUUAUAAGAGAUAAUUGCCCCAUAAGAGGUAUAAUAAAAGGAUAUGCAGGGCAACCUCAAGAUUUAGCUUUUGCUCACAUAGAAGAAGAAAUUAUUUUAGCUAGUGUUGAUGAGGAAGGAAAUUUGUUUGUUCAUAGUAUUGAAACUCCUGAUGUUAGUUGUGUGCUUAAGCUGCAUAUUCCAUAUAAAUCACCUUCGCCUAUGACACAUAGAGUUAUCUGGUGCCCAUAUAUCCCAGAACCUGAUUCUGCCGGUGAAGUAGAUGAGGAUACUGCUAAAUUACUUGUAGUAACACAUGGAUGUGAUGCUGUUGUGAUAUCAGUAAAUACUGUGAUUGAGACUUAUGGCCCCGAUCCAUUAGCAAAGGGCCAUGACAUUAUAGAAGGAAUUUUAGAGUUGCUCGAUGAGCAUACUAAACCAAUAACGGAUGCAAUGUUUGCACCGGAUGGAACUCUAAUAGCCACAACAUCUGGUUCUGGUGAAGUCAAGUUUUUUCAAGUAUAUAUGCAUGUGGAAAAAACCACCAAUACACGUUGUCUUCACCAGUGGAAACCACAUGACGGAAAACCUGUUUCAUCCAUUUUCUUCUUAGAUAAUCAUCAGAAUCAUAAUCCUACGGUUGAAUAUUGGAAGUUUGCUAUAACGGGAUGCAAUAAUAACUCAGAAUUGAAAUUAUGGUCAUGCCAAUCAUGGUCUUGCUUGCAAACCAUUAUAAUUAAACCGAAUCCUAACAUGAAGCACUUGAAUGGAAAUUUAACAUUAAAAGCUUGUCUUGACAAAUCUGCACAAUACUUGAUUUUAUCUGAUAUUUAUAACCGUAUAAUGUACAUUAUGCAAAUAAUUAAAACUGAAGAUGAAUCACAAGCAUUUAUAAAAAGUGUGUCUGAAUUUUUGUUACCGUGUAGUGUUCUUAGCUUCGAUGUAGUUGAAACAGGGUUGUUAAAGUACAAGUAUAUGAAUAACACUGAUGAUAUGUAUGAAUUAGAUGAUGAAGGAAUGGAUGAUGAUUUAAUCUCUGCAUCGCCAGUAAAUAAUUCCACGUUGGGUCAAUUUCAGUCAUACAAAGGAGUGUUUGUGAGACUGUAUGUCGUACAGCCCAAGAGUUUACAGGAAUGCAGAAUAAUUUAUCAUCCGCAGAUAAAUUACAGUACAACUAUAAACAUGAUGAAUACAGAUAAUUAUGCAUUCACUGAUAAUCUUGCAGAUAUAUCAUCGAUUUCUGUAAAUAAUCAUGAUGACCAAAAUAAUAAAACGAAUGAUGACAUCAGUAAGACAUUAUUGAAAGAUUUAGUAAAUAUUACUAAUGAUUUUAAUGAUUUGUCUGUCCAACAAUCAACACCUUUGCAAAAUGUUCAAUCACAAACCGUUCCUUCUCAUAUAAACUUGAUGACUCCUGAUGCUUUUAAUAAUUUAAAAAAAGAAGUACCAGCACAAAAUAUCAAUGUUGAUUCUGCAGAUGAAAAUAAAAUCAACAAUGAAAAUUCAUUAAAAGCAUUUGAUGGGUCUGUUCUGGAAGCGAGAGUUAGUUCCAGUCCAAAAAUGAAUCAAAAGCUGUUUGAUGAUCUAAUGUACCUUGGUGCAAAGAGGCUUGAAGAAGUUGAAGCACCUUUGGCAACGUCUGAAUCUUUUGAAAAAAAAGCUACUAGAGACAAUUUAGCCAGUGGUGGAUCUAGUCCUAGCCGAGAAGUGCAAGAAAUUUUAUCCUUGAAAGAUUCCAGAUCUGAUUUAUUAGAUUUUGAUCUGAUUGAUAAUGGAGAUAUCCAAGAAACUUCUAAUGAAGCUAUAAUACAAACGUUGAAAACUGUAGUUCCAGUUCCUGUGCCAACAAGUAACACAGAUAUUAGCAAAGAAGAUAAAGGAUGGCCGUGUCCACCAGUGGUUGAGCCAAUGCAGGUUUCAGAAUCUACUUGCAGUGGUGCUAGUAAUUCCAUCGGCAGUUCAAAUGUAUUUGCAACAUAUACAAGUACAAAAAAUCAAACAUUGGAUGAUAAUCAAAGCAUUUCCAGUUCCCUGGACAAAGUAUUAUCGAUUCUAUCACAACAAACAAAACAAAUACAAAAUUUGCAAUUGGAGAUACAAAAGAUACGAGAUAAAGAGUCUGUUUUACAUAACACUUGUACAGAGAAUAGUAAUAUUGGUAGAAACAUGGAAAUUAAUUUAGAAAAAGUUGUGGAGCAAGCAAUGAUGAAAGCCCAUAUGCAGCAGGCUUCUUCUCUAGAUUCUCUGAUUACAAAAAUGACAUCAUCAAUGAUUUCAGAUCUUCAUCGUACAGUCUCUGAAACUCUCAUGCAAAUUUUGAACCAGCAAAUGAUAGAUAAAUUUUCUACAAACUGCACAAUAGAAAUUCAGCGAAGCGUUGUACCAACUGUUGUUACAUCUUUAGAUAAAUUGAAACAAGCGAUGCAGCAUGAUAUGUCUAAGAAACUUACAGCAACUGAUCACUUGCUGCAUGAGAAUAUCAUGAAAUUAGUACAAAAUAAGGAAACUGUUGAAUUGCUCACAAACUCAUUACUUAUGGCAUCGCAAAGCGUUUUAAAUAAUACGUUGAGAGCUCAAAUGGAUACAUUUCUGAUACCAUCGUUUGAAAGGGCAACUAAUCAAAUGUUUAAACAAAUACAUGAGACAUUUUCACAAGGGACAAAAGAAUAUCUCAAUAACUUUGAGCUGGCUUUGGAAAAAAAUAGGCGUCAACUGGAUAAAUCAAAGGAUGUCAUCUAUCGUAUGGACCAAUUAUCAGAAAGCCUUAAAGCCCAUGCUGAGACUACAAACACCAUAAAUAAGUAUGUUCAUGAAUCUGUCUCCAAAACAAUGAAGAUCAUGCAGGACAAUUUAAUAAAGAACAUAAGUGAUCAUAUAAAUAUGGCCUUCUCCAAGCAAUCUGAGGAACUAGAAAAUCAUCUCAGAUCUGCAGUUAGAUCGAAUGCUGUAACUCCAGCACUUCCAAAUGUGGACAUGUCUUCAUAUCGUACACAAAUAAAUGAAUAUCUUAGACAGAAGGAUAUAAGCAGUGCAUUUCAGCAUGCUUUAAUGGCAUCAGAUUUAUCUCUUGUUGUGUAUGUUUGUGAGAAAGUAGAUCCCACAAUGUUAUUUAAACAAACACCAUGCCCUUUACCUCAGAACGUAUUACUAUCCUUAAUUCAGCAAUUAAGUGCAGAUUUACUGAACCAUUCAGAUUUAAAACAUAGGUAUUUAGAAGAAGCCUUGAUGAACCUGGACACAAAUAAUCCAUGCAUUAGAGAGCAUUUACCAAUUGUCUUAAAAGCUCUUAAGAAACAAUUAUUAAAUUUUGUUUCACAAAAUCCCAAUAAUAUCUCAACUAAGAGAAUUCGUAUGCUGUCCAUGGUCACAGAUUCCCUUUUAACAACUGUUUCACUCAAUGCAGGGGCUUCAAACAAAACGCAGCUUGGGCUUUAAAAAAGAUGCAGUUAUUUUGUUAAUAUAUUAUAAUCUUCAGUUCUCACCUUGACUAAUUAGUUUGUAAAUUUGUUUAAAAAUACUUUUAUAUUAAAAUUCUAUGAAAUGUUAUUUUUGAUGGUGAGAUACAGCGUAUAUUAACUGUGAUGUUAAAAUAGAAUAAUUAUUUAAGUUCA